GAACUGGUAAACGUGGACAAACAUGAAACAUGGCGGUGAGUGUAAACUAUACCAGUUUUGGUUUAGCGCGCUACCUGCUCGACGAUUUGCCUCACAGAAAAUCCCAAAAACCAAAAACGCCACCUUCAAGAGAAAAAUGUGGAUGCGCGUGGCUUCACUCUCUCCCCUGAGGCUGACUUCGUCCUCGAAAUCUUCUCUUCUGACCCGGCAAGCUUGUACGUUCAGACUGUGGAAAACGUUUACCACAGAGACAGCCUCACAGACAGAACCAUUCAUUACUUUUGUCCUAGGUGGUCCUGGCAGCGGGAAAGGUACGCAAUGUGCGAAGAUCGUUGAGACCUUUGGAUUCAAACAUUUGAGUGCCGGAGAUCUGCUCAGAAGGGAAAUAGCUUCCAAGAGUGAAUACGGAUCCAUGAUUCUAAAUACUAUCAGAGAAGGAAAAAUUGUUCCCUCACAAGUCACAGUCAAAUUGAUUCAGAAAGAGAUGGAAUCAAGUGACAAUAAAAAAUUCCUUAUUGAUGGUUUCCCUCGAAGUGAGGAGAACCGCAUGGCAUUUGAAAAAAUUGUUGGGACAGAACCAAACGUGGUGCUUUUCUUUGAAUGUCCUGAAGCAGAGAUGGUGAAGCGGGUGCUAGAUCGCAAUGAGGGAAGGGUUGAUGACAACAUUGAUACUAUAAAAAAGCGCCUAAAAGUGUUUGAAGAAUUAAAUCUCCCUGUUAUCAAUUACUAUUCAGAGAAAGGAAAAGUUUUUAAGAUUAAUGCAGUAGGAACCGUAGAUGAAAUAUUUGAACAAGUUCUGCCAAUUUUUGCGGCAUGCGAGGCGAUAAAGCAAGUUGCAUAAGUUAAGAAAAAAACAUGGAAGUGUUUUCUUAAUUAUGAAGCUGCUUUCAUAUGGAGAAGUAAAUAAGGGGCUUAAAUCAUCAAGUUACAAGCUCCUAAAGGAGUGGAAAAAAUUACUCCUUGGAGUAUGGCCACACCCUGGAAAGCAUAGAUUUUUGUUUAAGCAGGGUAAUCCUUUUUGCAUUUUCUACUUGACGGUACAUUAUCAGGAAGCAUAUUGUAUCGCUUAAUCUUGAAAAAGAAAGAAAGAAAGAAAGAAAGAAAGAAUUAUGCAGCAUUUUCACUUCUAAUGCACCACAAAAGAAAAGGUCAUAUUCCAUGUGGGUUCCGAGGAGAGAUUCUUUUUUAUGGAUGACAAGACAAUUUAAGUGCAACUCAAUGCAGUUGAAUCAUUCGGUAAGCACAUCACAAACAAACUCUCAAGUGGUUUGGUAGUUAAAGACAUCUCAUGCUCUCAAGUUCUGUAGGAAGCAUUUGAACUAUCGUUAGGCUAACGGCUCAAUAUUCAUUGUCCACGAAUAUUUUUCAUGUGACUUGUUUCUUUGACAAUUCCUAUAAAAGAAAUAACUACGACUGGUCG